GUCUAGAUGUCAGCCCCAUUUCUCACACUGCCCCAUACUGUCUCUCUCUCUCUCUCUCUUUCUCUUUUCUUCUCUCCAUCUCUCUCAAGUUGCAACAAACUUUCCCUGACUGAGUUCCAUUGUUAUCUUCCUCUAGCUUUUGUUUCUCUUACACUCACUCCCCCCAAACCCUUUGUUCUUCAAUCAUGGCUGCUCUACUGCUUGCAGUGCUCACUCUGGCCAUGACUGGCCGCUCAAGUGCCACAUGGUGUGUUUGCAAGGAUAAUGUGGGUGAUGCGUCCUUGCAGAAGACUUUGGACUACGCUUGCGGAGCUGGGGCUGACUGUAACCCUAUCCAUUCAAACGGGCCUUGUUUCAACCCUAACACUAUUAAGGCUCAUUGCAAUUUUGCUGUCAACAGCUAUUUCCAAAGGAAGGGUCAAGCUCAAGGCUCAUGUGAUUUUGCUGGCACUGCCACUGUCACUGCAUCUGACCCUAGCUCUACUGGCUGUGCUUACCCAUCUAGUGUCAGUGCAAGCAGCACAACACCAACCACUCCCGUCACAACAACUACUCCAUCGACCACCACACCCUCAACCAUGAACCCAAGCACUAACACCCCCACAAGCACAACACCAUACGGUACCACAACACCUACUGGAGUGUUAGGCGGAGUUGGCACAGGCUUAGGCCCUUCCGGAGCUGGGAUCAACACAGACUACAGUGGAGGAUAUAGGCUCCAAGGCUUCUCUUUCUUCAUAACCCUCGUGUUUUCAGGCUUGAUGCUAUUGUGGGGU